CCCACUCCCGCACUCUCUCCCUCACUUCGGUGUCGGUCGGACGUGCUGCCCGCUCCGCAGAGCCGCUCGCUCGCUCCCCAUCGCGCUCACGCGUUACCGGUGUUACGUCCCCGCAGUGUCGCGCUCGCGCGCAAGUGAUUCAGAGUGUGAUCAGCUCUCAGUGAAAGUGAUUCGCCGCAAGUGAUUUGUGUGUGUUUGUGUGUGUGUGGUGCUCCCGUGUGCUGCAUUGUGGAUUACGACAGCAUGCGGAGGUGUCAGUGAGGAUUACCUUUACCAGAAGACGUUGAGUGCCGCCGCCAUGGGCCUCUCCGACAACGACCGCAUGUGCCCGUUCGAGGUGGUGCCGCACCCUGCGCCCGAGUCCACGUCGGGCACCCCCUACAUGGACACUGCCGUCACGUCGCCUCCCCGGGACUCGGACCUGAAAAUAGAGUUCGACGGAACCACCGUCCUGUGCAGAGUCUGCGGCGACAAGGCCUCCGGCUUCCACUACGGCGUCCACUCCUGCGAGGGGUGCAAGGUGAGUGACCCGCGUCCUUGAGCGCCCUGAGAAUCACAGUGUCAGUGUGUGCGUGUGUGUGAGAGUGUUUGUGUCUGUGUGUGCGUGUGGGAAAGAAGACUAAACGUGAGGCGCAGCGGCUGCCUGCGGGUGGUGAGGGCCUUGCACCCGACCUACCCACCACCCGGGGGGCCGCAGUGGGGUCGCUGCUCCCAUUGUAGGGGGUGGGAAGACAGACCGAGACAGACGGACGAACGGACAGACGCUCUCGUUCCCCAGGGCUGCUCUCCCCCAUGCUCGCUUUUGGUUUCAUUCAGGGGAGGAAGUACUAUAUGUAGUAGAGCGAAAGACUGGGUAUGAAUUCGUUUCUUUUGUGGGCGCUCGACCUCCAUAACUUCGAAUAGGGUUAACCAACACGCGACCGCUUUCGCAUGUAACAUUGCAAACUUUUGGAGGUAAUGUAAUUUUCCGUGGCGUGCUUACAGCUCGGUCACGACCCUGCCCCAGCGGGUCGUGUACGGCCGCUCGUAUGUGUGACUGUGUGUGUGUGUGUGUUUGUGUUUGUUUGCGAGUUUGUGUGUGUGUGAGAGAGAGGAAGCGAGAGAGAGAGGUGGAGG